ACAAAUCUAAAGCGAACGCAGAGGACGCAAGAAAUAAAAUUUCCGCAAACUAAAAUUUGUUUAAAAUGAUGUUCGAGAAAAAACUAAUCAAAUUGGUACGAAACAACGAGUAUCUCUGGUCGAGGAAAAAUCCACAAUAUAAAAACCACUACCAAAAAGAGAAAACCUGGACGCAAAUAGCAGAAGUGCUGGGAGAGGAUGUUGCAACGGUGAAAGGAAGAUGGAAAAGCCUUCGCGAUAAAUAUGUUCGCGAGGAGCAUGCGAUAUCGCAGGACUUAGCUUUGGGAUCAUCGGCACUAGCUGAAGCUCCAUCAUGGCCAUAUUAUAAAGAUUUGAGGUUUUUAAAAACGCAUAUCCGCAAAAGAAGCAACCACGCUUCUGGAUCUGCUCGGUCUGCUCGAGUAUCUGAAGUAGACAGCUGUGGCGAAUCAUCUCAUGAACCGAAUGCCUCUGUUGAUGAUGACUUUGAAAGCCGAGGGUUGGCAAAACAGGAACACCACGAUGUUGAUUUCAUAGAGUUCCAAGAUAUCGUUGAUACGAAUGAAACGACGUACACCGACGAAUCUACAGGUAAUGAUACAUCCACGGGACACGAUGUCUUUACAGGUAAUGAUACCUCUACGAGACGUGAUGCCCCUGCAAGACAUGAUAUCUCUACAAGACAGGAUGUGAAUACAAGGCAUAAUACAUCUACCAGACAUGAUGCUUUCGCAAAAUAUCUUUGCGAGUUGAUGGGCAAAAUGCCGAUGUCAGUUGCCCGAUCGCUGGAGGCUGAGUUUUUGGAAAGGUGCCACAGCGUUCUUAGUUUAUACGAGACAGCUUGAGACAGGGACAUGUCUGAUUGACCGCAGUGAGGAUAUAAAUGCUUUAAAUUAUCACCGAAGAG